UACAGCCUGUCAUUCAAACAGAGAGGAACAGCGUGUCGUGUUAUCUGCAGCCAGCCUGGUGACAGAACAUCAAACGAGUCAUGUACAAUUGAGCACCAAGCUUCACAAUGUGUUCAAUUCCCGGGCUUCCAACGGCAGGAUCAGAAGUACUGGUUCUUAUCACAAGGGUAAACCUAAACUCCAGCAGGGGUCUUGUGGAAUUAUGGGUUAACAUGGAUGAUGGAAGGAAGUAUAUUUAUGAGCAAAUGAGAGAGGAAAUUCAAAUUCCUAAAAGGAAGUUUUAUGGCUCAGAAGGAAAACCAGGGGACCAUUGUCUGGUUUGUAUCAAUGACACAUGGCACAGAGCUCGGAUUUUAUCACUACAAAGUGAAACUUACAGUGUUUUUCUAAUUGAUCAGGGACAGCCCCACAUUGCCACAAGAGAAGAUUUAGCCUGGGGCCACAGUGACAGUUUUCUCCUUCCUCCUGAAAUUGAAUCCUGCAUACUUGCAAACAUCCUCUCCCUUGAGAAUAACUGUCCAGAAAGAGCCACAAAGUUCUUGAAGUCUCUGCCUGGAAAGAGGUUUAAGGGACUGGUUCACCAUGUACUGAUGCCAUACAGGAGAAUUCUCAUUGAUAUACCAAUUCUUUCCAAGCACAUGUGUAACUUUGGUGUUGCAAAGAAAAUACCAGGGGACAAGUUUAAAGGCCUUGCAAAGAAAUGUCUAGAAUUACCCAAAGGAGAGACUUCUGAGGCUGACCAUGUAAAGGAGGAACAAACUUUGAAUGUUAGUUGCCAACUUGAGAAGCAUGACCAAUAUUUUUACCCAGAACUGUUAGCUGACAUCUUUGAAAUCGUUAAGGUGACAGAGGUAAUUCAUCCACAUCACAUUUUUUGCAAGCUCCAAAUUUUUUCCAAAGCAGAGAAGAUAUUAUCAGAACAGAUCCACCAACAUUAUGAAGAAGGUUCAGAUAUUGGAGAUGUGCGACCAGAGACCUGUGGUGAUUCAUGUGCUGCUAGAGUAAAUGGGAGAUGGCAUCGCUCAUUACUAAAGCAAAACAUUGUGAACAACGAUGGUGUUGUAGAAGUCUUGCAUGUGGAUGAAGGAAAAACUGAAUUAGUGCCAGUUAGAGACAUCAGACCACUGCAUGGGAAAUUCCUGAGAAUGCCAGUUGUCACUUAUCUCUGUUCUCUCGAUGGAGUAAAAGACAAUGGCACAGGGUGGACUACAGACCAGUCUGAUUACUUGAAAUCUUUGCUCUUGAACCAGACAUUUGUGGCCAGGUUUAACCACCACAAUAUAUCUCAAGAUGUCUAUUAUGUCACUCUUUAUGCAGCUGAUGCAACAUGUGUAAACAGUCGUUUUUUGGAGAAGGCAGGACUUUUUCCACCCUCUAAGAAUGAACAAGAUUCAAAUGUCCAGAAUGAACCCAUUCCCUUACCACUUCUCAUUUCUCUUGAAGAACAAUGCUUUGAUGUACAGAACCAAGUCAACGUAAAUGGUGAUUCGCAAGAAGAAACUUUGCCAAGCACCAAGAACUUAGCAAUCGAUGGCAGGACAUAUGAUGUACCCACUUCUGGUGCUAAUGACCUUCAUAUCGAAAAGAGCUCAGAACACCAAGACUCUUUAAUACACAGCAACAGGGUUGUUCCAACAGGUUUCCCUUCUGAGGUGCACAACGCUUGUGAUGACAGUGAGUUUACAGUAGAAAGUAGUGUCAGUGUAAAAGUAUCUUGCAUUGAAAGUCAGCAGAAGUUCCGGUGUCAGUCAACAGAACACAAUGAUGCUCUUAAACUUCUUAUGCAAGACCUGCAAAACCACUAUGAAUCUGCCCAUCCUCAGUCACUUGUUGACUCCAUCUAUGUUGCUCGUAAUCGAGACAAUGGUAUGUGGUACAGAGCAAGGAUCAUUAAAGGUGAUGACUCCCCUGCUGUAGAUGUGAAAUUUAUAGACUAUGGUGAAACUCGAAGGAUACUUCUGCAUGAUUUAUGCCCCAUUGAUCCAGCUUUCUUACGACUGAAUGCACAGGCUUUUCAGUGUUGCUUAUUCAAUCAAAAAAGUCCCUCUAAACCAAGUGCUGUUUCUUGCACUGAUGCUUCAUUAGCGGAGUUUCAGAAGUUUGUGGAUUCAGGGGCAUCAUCAAACACUGAGUUGAAAUGCACUGUAGAAGAUGUAGCAUCUGAUGAAGAAGGUCUGCCACUUAACGUGGUAGAUACUGAAACACCACAUGACAGUGCAUGCAAGGUUUUGGCUCAGAACUGUGCACAGGCUAAAGCCCAUGUGCAGCUUCCUUCAAAGGUCCCAUCAGAUGCAUACAAUUAUUCCACAUAUAAUAUUGAGGUGGGUGGAAAAGAAAAAGUGCGGGUGACCUCUUCAGAGAGUGUCAGUCACUUCUACUGCCAACUGCACAGGAAUUCUCAUUUGUAUGAUAAAGUGAUGGAAAGUGUUAAACAACUAACUGGCCAGCCAGAGUGCAGAGAUCACCCACUUAAACCUAAUAGUAUUUGCUUUGCUAGAUACACUGAUGAUCAGUGGUACAGAGGUCAAAUAGUAGAAAUGUCUCCAAAACCUAAAGUGCACUUCGUAGACUAUGGUGAUACUCUUGCAUUGAAUAAAUCAGAUAUUCGGCCCUUUCCCUCUGAAGAAAGUAUUGCCAGGUCUGUUCCUGUGCUGGCUGUUCCACUAGCACUGUUUGAUGUCCCAGGAGAAGUGACACAAGAAGUCAACCAGUGGUUUGCAGAUCAUACCGUUGAACAUAACUUUACCAUUUCGGUGGUAGCAAAAGCGGCAAAAGGCAAGCUAAUUGUUGAAAUGUUUGAGAGGUCCCUGAAUGUAAAUGUAAAAGUCAGAGAGAAGAUAUCAAAGAUGGCACAACAAAAGAGUACUGGUCUAGAUCAGAAAACUGAUCAGCAGCUCUCUAACCGCUCAGAAUGGGCUAGUGUGCCAAAUGAGGACUGUUUCACGCAUGAGCUCAUGAAUGUGCCAGUAAUGAAGAUGACAGAGCAAAAUAAAGUCCACAGCAACAAGGGAGUGAUUGCUAGAGAUGAGCCAAAGAUGAGUUCACAAUCCCCAACUGUCCGUGUACCAGAGACUGAACAUGGAAAGACUCCAGUUGAAGAAAAACAACCAACUUUGGAUGUCAUUCUUAAGGACAAAAGAACUGUGACACAAGGUAGCCACAGUAACUCAGAAAUAACACAAAUUUCACUUCUUUGCCCUGAGGAAAAUAUGAAAAUCUACAAUUACAAGUGGCCAAACAGUUGUCAAAACAAGACACAGGAGGCAUAUGCGUCUUGUAUUGUUGGGCCACAUUACUUUUGGUGUCAGUAUGCCAAUACUGAAGAACUGAACAUGUCAAGGCCUCUUCAGGAAGCAGGACAGGCUCAGCAGGACAUAAUGUUCCCAGAGACUCUGGAUCCUGGAAGCCCAUGUCUUGCUCUCUUUUCUGAUGACAACCAGUGGUAUCGAGCUCAAGUAAUGCAGAGAACUGGCAAUACUCUCCAUGUUCUGUUUGUUGACUAUGGAAAUGAGUCUGAUGUUGACAUCAAGAAUGUGAGAUCACUGCCUCCAAGUCUGCUGGAGAAAGCCCCCAAGGCUUUUUUGUGCUCUUUGGAUGGAUUUGAUGAGUCUAAGGGCUUCUGGAAUGACGAUGUUUAUGAUGACUUCUACAGUCUCUUGGUUGAUAAACCACUCAGUGUGACAACGUUUAAUAUGGAAAAGCAUUCAGAGAUUGAAGUUCCUCGGUAUGCAGUGAAAAUUGAGUGUGAUAAUCUGGUUAUAAAUAGCCUAUUGCAGAAAUACUGGAACCCAUCCUCCAUGGGAUGUGCUAAAACUGAAAUGGCUCAAACAGAAACUUUUCUCCAAGGUGGUCAGACUGAGUUGAAGAAAACAAACCUCAAUGUUGGCAAAGGAAAUCUGAAUACUUGUGUGUACAGGAAGCCAAACAUUUCCAAAAAUGAAACACUGGAGGUAUACGCCUCUUGUAUCGUGGAACCCCAUUUCUUCUGGUGUCAAUAUGCCAACACAGAGGAUCUUAGCAAAGUUUCAGUCUUUGCUCAAGAAGCAGGACAUGCACAGCAGGACAUGAUGUUCCCAGAUACUCUUCAUCCUGGCAGUCCAUGCCUUGCUCUGUUUUCCAGUGACAACCAGUGGUACCGAGCUCAGGUAAUUAAGAGAACUGGCGAUACUCUCCAUGUUCUCUUCACUGACUAUGGAAAUGAAUCUGAUGUUAACAUCAAGAAUGUGAGAUCACUGCCUCAGCAUCUGCUGGAGAUGGAUCCUCAGGCCUUUUUGUGCUCUUUGAAUGGAUUUGAUGAGUCAACAGGCUCCUGGGAUGAUGAUGUUUAUGAUGACUUCUACAAUCUCCUGGUUGAUAAACCACUUAGAGUGACAGUGUUCACUGUGAAGGAUCAUUCAGAAAUGGCAGUUAGUCAGUAUACUGUGGAAGUUGAGUGUGAGGGAGUGGUUGUGAAUACACUGAUGAAGAAAUACUGGAAAGGACUGGGCACAGAACAUGCCUUGGCAAGAAGAGUGGAAUCAGUGGACCAGAAUGAAACCAGGACUAUGGGCCAGAGUGUUGGGGAUUAAAGUCAUGAAAAAUGCAUCAAAUGAAUGUUCUGGACUCCUAUAAAUGCCUGUGGGGAAACACAGCUGUGACAGAGCAAUCUUGACUUUUGUGAACUUGUUGUGUUAGAAAUUGCGCUAACUCAAAUGUUUCCUAAAUAAAUGAAAUAUUGUGUAAA